AUGGGAAAGGCAAAGGUAACAAGGAAAUUCGCAGCUGUUAAGCGGAUGAUCAAACCUUCUGAUCCGAGAUUAAAAGAAAACGUAGAGAAAGCAGCUAAGAAAGCGGAAAAAGAGAAAGCUGCAGAAGAGAAAAAAGCAGUAGCACAAGUCUCAUCAUCGUUGUUUUUAUCGCAUAAUACAGAUCUAGGUCCACCAUAUAGGAUAUUGGUAGAUACGAAUUUUAUCAAUUUCUCAAUUCAGAAUAAAAUCGAACUGGUCCAAGGUAUGAUGGAUUGUUUAAUGGCUAAAUGUAUACCAACUAUCACAGAUUGUGUUUUAGCGGAAUUGGAGAAAUUAGGUCCAAAAUAUAGAUUAGCAUUAAGGAUAGCGAAAGAUCCUAGAUUCGAGAGAUUACAUUGUGAUCAUUCUGGAACAUACGCAGAUGAUUGUUUGGUGAAUAGAGUAACUGUUCAUAAAUGUUAUAUAGUAGCUACUUGUGAUAGAGAUCUCAGACGAAGAAUAAGAAAAGUACCUGGUGUACCUUUAAUGUACGUUGUUAAAAGGCGAUAUCAGAUCGAGAGAUUGCCAGAUGGUGGUGCUUCUUUCAUUUAG